AUGUUAGCGGAAGAGGCUGACGACUGGUGGGUGAGUUUGUUGCCUGUGUUGGAACAGGAUGAUGCUGUGGUAACCUGUACUGUGUUCAGGAAGGAGUUUCUGGACAGUAUCCGAGAAGCUCAGAAAGCAGAUUUGAAAUUGGUUGAUUUGAUGACUACUGGUAGUGACACUGAGGACAGUGAUUUUAAGGUUGAUGAUCAGGGUGUUUUGAGGAAUAUUAGUAUGGAGAUGGAUGAUAAUGAAGUUGACUGUGAUUCACCUAUAGAAGAAGAAUUUGAUGAGUUAGCAAACAAGUCGGAGGAAUGGAUUCCAAACUGUGAUGCAGAGCUAAAACCUGUGAUUGGUAAGGUAUUUGAUACUUUAAAAGAAGGGGAUGAUUUCUAUAAAAAUUAUGCUUAUGUUGCUGGUUUUAGUGUGCGUAAUUCAACUGAAACAAAAGAUAAAAUUGGUGUCAGAUGGAAAUAUUUUCUUUGCUCAAAGGAGGGAUUUAAAGUGGAAAAAAAGGUAGAUGAGCCUGAAUUGCUUAUUAGUGAUGAUUAUUUGCCUAAAGGAAGAAAAAGAAAUUUGACACGAGAGGGAUGUAAAGCAAGGAUUGUGUUCAAGAGAACUGAUGAGGGGAAGUUAAAAUAUGUGUUUUGGGCUGAUGGCAUUAGUCGAAAAAAUUAUUCUUUAUUUGGAGAUGUAGUUUCAUUUGACACUACAUAUAGUACAAAUAAAUAUCAUCAGAUUUUUGUAUCAUUCACCGGUGUGAAUCAUCAUCGUCAAAGCAUAACUUUUGGUGCUGCAUUUUUAAAUGAUGAAAAAGAAGAGUCAUUUGUGUGGUUGUUUGAGACUUUUUUGAAGGCAAUGGGUGGGAAUAAACCUGUUAUGAUAAUAACAGAUCAAGACCAGGCUAUGACAAAUGCAAUUGAAAGCAUUUUUAAGGGGUCUUCUCAUAGAUUUUGCAUGUGGCAUAUUCUCAAAAAACUUUCAGAAAAGGUGGGUGGCACCUUGAAUGAUAAUAAUGAUUUCAAUAAUCGUUUCAAUUCAUGUGUUUGGAACUUAGAGUCCUCUGAAGAAUUUGAAUUUGAAUGGAAUGAUAUUAUUAAUGAUUUUGGGUUGGAAGAAAAUGGUUGGCUUUCUACAAUGUAUGAACUUAGACGCAUGUGGAUACCAGCUUAUUUUAAAGAUAUAUUUAUGGCUGGAAUUUUGAGAACAACCUCAAGAUCAGAGAGUGAAAAUUCAUUCUUUGGACACUUUUUGAAUAACAAGCUUAAUUUGGUUGAAUUUUGGAUGCGCUUUGAUUCUGCUUUAGAAGCACAGAGGCACAAAGAACUUCUGGCAGAUAAUGCUACACUUCAUUCUAUUCCAGCAUUGAAGAUGCACGUGGAUUUAGAGAAGCAUGGUAGAGAGAUUUAUACUCAUGAAAUUUUUUACAUAUUUCAGAGUGAGUUAUGGAAUUCAUGUGUAAAUUGCGGCAUUGAAGGAACAAAACAAGAAGGUGAUAAUUUAAUUUUUUAUAUACUUGAUAAUGUUGUGGUCAAUAAAACAAAGGUGACCAAACAUAGAGAGGUUGCUUUGAGUCUUUCUAAUAACAUUGCACAUUGUUCAUGCAAAAUGUUUGACUCUGAAGGUAUUCCAUGCCGACAUAUUCUUUCUGUAUUAAUGGGGAAAGGUUUUAGUAAAAUUCCAAGUCAUUACAUUGUCAAUAGAUGGACUAAAUUGGCAACAAGUAGACCGGUAUUUGAUUGUGAUGGAAAUGUAUUGGAGGCAUGUUCUAAAGCUGAAAGUGAGAAGAUAUUAAUUUCAAAAGCAUGGGCACAGAUGUUUAAAUGCAUGCAUAUGGCUGGUACAAAUAAAGAGAAAUUGCUCCUUGUUUACAAAGAAGGUUGUAGUAUUGAAUCGAAAUUGUCUAAUAUGAGGAGCGAUGUUGAAUCAACACCCUCCGAUGAUGUGGAGGCUUUUAUUGGAUCCAAUGUACCUAAAAAAAUUCAUGUUCUUCCACCUGAACCGUCAAAUACCAAAGGUUGUGGAAAACGGAUUAAAGGGGGAAAAGAGAAGGCAAUAGAGCAACAACAAAAGAGAACAAGGCUUUGUAAAACUUGUAAGCGAUUCGCAUCCCACGAUAGUCGCAAUUGUCCCACAAAAUCCUCUUCAUAG